AUGGCUGGGCUACAGGAAGAUCCUCUAGGAGAUCUAAGGGUACUCUUCAGUGGCUGGCUUCAAGAUGAGGCCGUUUUGGCAACUCAAAAGGGAUCGAAGGCGGCGUUCCAGUAUCAUAAAGCCAUGGAUUCUGUGAGAUCACACGCAUCGGAAAUCAAAGAUCUUAAAAGUUUACGUAAUAUCAAAUAUGUUGGAGAUAGAACCAUCAAGCAAUUGUUGGAAAAGCUUCGUAACCAUUGUGUAGAGAAAGGCUUGGAGUUCCCCAAGGCGUUUGAAUCGAAGCGGAAGGCAAAUGCUGAGGAUGUAGAUGAGAAUACAAAUGGAAAGGAUGGAGUCAGCACCGCGUCUAUGCCACCCACAAAAAAGAGGAAAAAAAGAGCCUAUAUCCCAGCAAGACGGUCUGGUGGAUAUUCGAUCUUACUUGCAUUGUACACCAAGGAUCUGGAGAGAAAUGGGUUAACUCAAGAGGAGAUUAUUAAACAUGCAACACCAUAUUGUGAUCGUUCAUUCAAGGCAAAUCCAGCUGCAAAUCAAUUCUAUUCAGCAUGGAAUUCAGUGAAACAAUUGGAAAAACAUGAUUUAUUGAAAUGUAAUGGGAGACCCAAACGAUAUUAUUUAACAGAUGAAGGGUUAGCCUUGGCGGGGCAAUUAAAAGUUGCAGAAGGAAUAGAGAGUCCGAGUAUAGAGGACUCCCAUAGUGUAGAUAUAACCUUGGAUAAUCUGUUGAUGGUUAGUUCUCCAAUUCAACAAAACCGGCAACCAAGUGAGUUUGUAGCACCUCCACUUGAACAUCUCCAUGAUCCGUCAAAUAAGACGUAUUCUGGUGUCAAGUAUGAAUUGUGGGGGGCCACUGAUUAUGAUAUUGUUCUUGUAAUCGACACCAGAGAAGUAAGAUCACAAACUGAACGAGAUUUCUUUCAAAAACGAUUAGAAGCACUUGGUGUUACUUGCGAAGUAGAGGCUCUUUCCGUUGGUGAUGGAGUUUGGUUGGCUAGACAUAAACAAACGGGGAGACAGGUUGUACUUAACUAUAUCUUCGAACGUAAACGUAUUGAUGAUUUGGCAUUUUCUAUCAGAGAUGGAAGGUUCCAAGAACAGAAAGUACGACUUAAAAUGGCUGCUAUGAAGCAUGUCUACUAUAUUGUGGAAGAAGCGUCUGGUAUCGAUCAGAUGGCAGUUCCUGGAGAACUGAUACAAACCGCUAUUUCCAUGACCAUGACAGCUUCACAAUUCUAUCUUCGGAAAUUCAAGACAAUUGAAGAAACAAUUUCCUUUUUGGCAAGUGUCACAGAGGUGAUCAAAGAGCAACACGAAUCGAGGCAUAAAUUACUUGUGUUGAAACCUACAACGUUGAAAAACCAAGCCGAUUACGAGCCAAUUAUCAAACUUUUCCGGGAUAAGUUUGAAUCGGGGCAAUUACCCAAAUAUGAAUGUGUAUAUCCAUUCGAGACCUUCAAAGUCAUGAUGGCCAAAUCCAUGACUACUGUGGGCGAAACGUUCAUGCUGAUGCUUAUGUGUAUUCGUGGAGUUUCUUUAGAUAAGGCCAUCACCAUUCAGAAGCAUUUUGGUACUCCUCUAAGGUUAUUGGAUUAUUUCGAAGAUCACAAGCAUUUGGAUAUAAAGGAAAAAAAAUUACUAUUAACAAACUUAUUCAAGGAUCAAGUUGGGAAUAAAAAAAUUGGUCCUGUGGUAUCUGAAAGAAUUUACGAGAUGUGGGGCUACAAGAUAUAA